UCCUUCAUCGCGUCAAUCCAAAUGGGUCAAUUGACCGAUCGGAUAGAGGCCGCCAACGAGCUGGCUUCUCUUGCGCAGGAUAAUGAUAGGAACAAGAAAAUCAUUGUGGAAGAAGGCGGCGUCCCCCCUCUGUUAAAGCUUUUGAAAGAGACUUCUUCCCCUGACGCCCAAAUCGCGGCGGCCACCGCGCUUUACAACCUCGCGAACGAUCAGGAAAGGGCAAGGAUCAUUGUUGGUGAAGCUGGGGUCCCGAUUAUCGUACAGGUUCUUGGGGAUUCUCCCAUGAAGGUCCAGAUUAUGGUGGCGAAUUUGGUGGCUAUAAUGGCAGGAAAUGACCUGGUAUCUCAAGAGGAUUUUGCUCGACAGAAUGUGAUUCGGCCCCUUGUUACGCUCUUGUCUUUCGAGACCUUCGUGGAUAAUCCUAAUCCCAUUGCGGAAUUGAGUAAGCAUAGUAUACAUUCAAUUGUCCAAAUCAAUAAAGAAAUGGAAAGGAAGAAUUAUAGACCUUAUACAACUUUGUUUUCCAAUUCGCAUUCGGAGGGUAGUAGUAGGGGAGGGCAGCAUAGGAGAGAGAGGGAAAGUGAGAAGUCGGAAGUGAAGCUUCAGCUCAAGAUUAGCUGUGCCAAGGCCCUAUGGAUGCUUGCGGGAGAGAGUAUCUUGAAUUGUAGGGGGAUAACUGAGACCAAAGGGUUACUGUGUUUGGCAAAGUUGGUUGAGAAAGAGGAAGGAGAGUUGCAGCUCAAUUGCUUGAUGACGAUAAUGGAGAUUACAGCUGCGGCAGAGUCCAAUGCGGACCUUAGACGUGCGGCUUUCAAGACCAACUCGCCUGCAGCGAAGGCUGUUGUGGAUCAACUGCUGAGGGUGAUAAAAGACUUGGACAACCCCUCAUUGCAAAUCCCUGCCGUAAAGUCCAUUGGUUCAUUGGCUAGGACUUUCCCGGCGAGAGAGACUAGAGUGGUGGGUCCUUUAGUGUCCCAACUGAGUAGUUCACACCAAGAAGUAGCUACAGAGGCUGCCAUUGCCUUAAAGAAGUUUGCUUGCCCGGACAAUUUCCUAUGCAUUGAGCAUUCAAAAGCCAUUAUCGACUUCAAUGGUGUCCCUCCUCUAAUGAAGUUGCUAAGAGGGACGGAGCUGCACGCACUGAUUCUGCUCUGCUACCUUGCAUUACAUGUCAGCAAUGAACCGGCUCUGGAGCAGGCGAGGGUUCUCACUGCCCUCGAGGGAGCAGACCAUAUUCUAGCUCAACAACCUGAGCUGAAAGAAUUGGUUGCCAAAGCAGUGUAUCAGCUGAAUCUAUAUCACAGUGGAAGUCACUCUCAAAGGCUGCCUUGAAAUCUUCUCUAGCUUCGGGCUGGUAAAUUACUUCGUUAAUUUUCAGGGGAUUAAUAGAAAGUAUAGAAACUGGUAGAUUCAGGUACAAGGAAGAAACUUUAACUUAGAAGACAGUAGGUGUUUUCUGGCAAAGCAACAUACAUCAGAACAGAUUGAAUGGUUUAAUAUCUUGGUAGCUGCACAUAUAGCUGUUCAUUUUUCUUUUUUUACUUACAAGGCUUAUAUGAAUGAUUAUUAUUCAAUUUGCCUCA